CCGAGCGGCAUUCCGGGGAAGAGCCACCGCAGCGGCGCCCACCUGGCGAGGGGACCCUCUGACUUCCCAAGGAGACGCUGGGUCGGGAGGUGGUGGGGAAGCUUUCCUCCGAGCCAGAAUGACUUCCAUCCCCGCGGUCAACUGGAGCGGAGCCGAGCUGGGCGGCUGGAACGAGAGCUUGUCCUCCCCAGCUGGGAGUAACUGGUCGUCUCCGGUGGGUAACUUUUCCAACCAGUUCGUGCAGCCGGCGUGGUGCCUGGCGCUCUGGUCCUUGGCUUACGGCGUGGUGGUGGCCGUGGCCGUCUUCGGCAACCUGGUGGUCAUCUGGAUCAUUCUGGCCCACAAGCGCAUGAGGACCGUGACCAACUCCUUUCUGGUCAACCUGGCUUUCUCCGACGCCUCGGUGGCCGCCUUCAACACCUUGGUCAACUUUAUCUACGCGCUCCACGGCGACUGGUACUUCGGGGAGGCUUACUGCCGCUUCCAGAACUUCUUCCCCAUCACCGCCGUCUUCGCCAGCAUCUACUCCAUGACGGUCAUCGCGGUGGACAGAUACAUGGCCAUUAUUGAUCCUUUGAAGCCCAGGCUGUCUGCCACUGCCACAAAAGUAGUGAUUGCAAGUAUAUGGAUUCUAGCAUUCCUCCUUGCAUUUCCUCAGUGUCUCUUUGCUAAGACUCAAGUGGUGCCAGGACGAAUUCUGUGCUAUGUUUCCUGGCCAGGUGGUAUGAAACAACGUUUUACGUAUCAUAUCAUUGUGAUUGCAUUAGUCUAUUGUUUCCCGCUGCUCGUCAUGGGCAUCACUUAUACAAUUGUUGGAAUCACCCUGUGGGGUGGAGAGAUCCCAGGUGAUACAUCUGACAAAUACCAUGAGCAGUUGAAAGCUAAGAGAAAGGUUGUAAAAAUGAUGAUUGUAGUUGUAUUGACAUUUGCCAUCUGCUGGUUGCCAUAUCACAUUUACUUCAUUCUUACUGGAAUCUAUGAAAAUUGGAAUCGGUGGAAAUACAUUCAGCAGAUCUACCUAGCAACAUUUUGGCUCGCUAUGAGUUCUACUAUGUAUAAUCCCAUUAUCUACUGCUGUCUCAAUAAAAGGUUCCGAGCUGGUUUCAAGAGAGCUUUUCAAUGGUGCCCUUUCAUUGAAGUAUCUAGUUACGAUGAACUGGAGCUUAAGACAACGAGAUUCCAUCCUACCAGGCAAAGCAGUUUAUACACAGUUACCAGGAUGGAAUCCAGCAUGUCGGUAGUGUUUGAAUCUGGUGAUGGUGAAAGCAGCAAGUCUAUGCGUAAGAAAGGAGCACAAGAAGCCAAUGCAAAUGGAUAUUCAUGCAGGAGUUCAAAAGCUAGUUCAGCAGUGUCAAGUUACAUCAAUUCUCCAUAUACAUCAGCGGACGAGUACUCCUAAAGCCUUUCAUGAGUUUAUAAUAGAUGUGAGACAAAGUCACAUAGCUAAGAAAUAAGACAAUGCUAUUCUGCCUUAGGAUCAAACAUCUGGAAAGCAACCAUGCUUUAAAUACCGAGCACAAACUGCAUGUGUAUAUAUCUUGCCUAUUAUCAACAACCUUCUUUGAUCCAACCUGGUUUUUGUGUGUGUGUGUGUGUGUUUUGGAAAAGGCAAAGACAGAGUCUUGUUUACAUUAACAUUGUGACUUAGUGCCAUGGGAUAAACUGGAACAUCCAUGUAAAUUAUGUAAAACAGGUGCGAUUAAGAACAAUUUAUAUCCCACUGAAAUGAGCAGCAAAAAAACUGUGUCAUGUUUUCAAUGUUACUUAAAUAAUUGCUCUAAAUCCACACCUUAUGAAACAACAUUAUAUGGGGUGGACCUGUUCUUUGGAAUUAAGAUAAAUCUGAUAUUUAUUUA